UGUCCUUGUUGGAGUAUAUCACACAACAUGUGUAAAUUAUUAAUAAUUAUAUUAUAUUAUUCAAUUAUAACAGCCACAAGUGCAUCGAGAAUAUUGGCAGUAUUUCCAACACCUUGUAUAAGUCACCAAGUGACUUUUCGACCUUUGAUACAUGAAUUAGUGCGACGUGGUCAUCAGGUUACUUUUAUAACACCAGAUCCAGCAUUCGACAAAGGAAAAGCACCAAGCAAUUUAACAGAAAUAGAUGUACACGACAUAUCGUAUGAUAUAUGGAGAAAUAAUAUCGUUAAAACUACUGAAUUUGGCAGAAAAGAUUUGAUUAUAGAACAAGUUGAGAAUAUUUUAUACCAACUAGUGCGUCUUACUGCAGAGCAAGUGAAAAAAAAUGAAGUUCAGAAUAUUAUAAAUAACAAAGAUACCAAAUAUGAUUUGUUGUUAUUGGAAGCUUGUGCAAUUACGGCUUUGGUAUACUCUCACGUAUUCAAAAUUCCAGUAAUACAAGUAAGUUCUUUUGGAAUGAUGAUUGGGAAUGAUGAGAUUGUGGGAUCACCAACACAUCCAUUAUUGUACCCAACAAUAAUACAUCAAAGACUAUAUCAUUUAUCAAUUUGGGAAAAGCUGGAUGAACUUUACAAACAUAUUAAAAUGAUGAGAAUUAAUGCCAAUGCAGAGAUUGUAGGGCAUAAAACAUUUCAAAACAUUAUAGGCAGUGAUUUGCCCAGUUUUAACGUAUUAAAGAAUAAUGUUGAUAUGCUUUUUUUAAAUAUUCAUCCAAUAUGGAUUGAUAAUCAACCCUUGCCUCCUAACGUGAUUUCAAUAUGGGGAAUAUAUAAAAAAACACCGAAGGAACUACCACAGGAGCUCAAGUCAUACCUAGAUUCAUCUAAAGAAGGCGUAAUAUAUAUGAGUUUUGGCUCAAACGCUCUAUCGUCAGACCUACCUCCAGAAAUCAUUCGAAUGUUUAUACGUGUGUUUUCUCAAUUACCAUACAACGUAUUAUGGAAAUGGGAGACAGAUGAAUUGCCUGGCAGACCACAAAAUGUGAAAAUAUCGAAAUGGUUUCCACAAUCUGAUCUGUUGAAUCACCCAAAGAUAAAACUUUUUAUUACACAAGGAGGUCUUCAAUCAACAGAAGAUGCAAUUAAUGCUGGAGUACCGCUUAUUGGUAUACCAAUGCUUAGUGAUCAAUGGUAUAAUGUGGAGAAAUAUGCCCGUCACGGAAUUGGCAUUAAACUUGAUAUGGACACAUUAAACGAAGAACAAUUUAAAGCAGCGAUUGAUAAAGUCUUGAUACAUAAAAGUUACAAAGAGAAUAUUAUAAGGCUCCGGACACUGUUUCGUGAUCAACCUGAAAAUGCCUUGGAUCGCGCCAUCUGGUGGACAGAAUACGUGUUACGUCACAAUGGAGCGAAGCAUCUUCGAUCACCGGCAGCCAAUAUGUCCUGGAUGCAGUAUUAUGAAAUACAAUUGAUUCUAAUAGUUCUUAUACUUGUUCUCCUCUGCAGUGUGGUGUUAGUCAUAUCUGUUCAUGUGUUAUGGAAAUACGUGCUUCGAAAUUCGAUGGAAAAUAUUAAAAAUAAAACUGAGUAGUUUUUGAGAACUUUAAAUAUUUUCUCAAUCGGUCAAUAUUUUCAGUGUGUGUAUCUAUUAUAAAAAUACUUUAAGGAAGGUACUUUGAAGAAGAAACAUUUGAUUGUCUCUUACUAGAUAACAAGUAUUAUAUAAAUAUUAUAUAGAAAAAUAUUUUAAUAGAAAAUGAUAUGGUGAAAAGCGUUAGUACUGUAUACAGUCUAGCCUUUCCGUUCCGGGAAUCUCUGAUAGCGUGGUAUACCUCAGAUCGGCGUGAUCUUGGCGCUCGCGCAGCGUUCUGUUAAUGCAUAUUAUUUUACGUGUAUUAAUGGAUUGCUUAUAAUUUGUAUAAUUUGAGUGAAUGUAGCUAUUGAAACAAGCUAUAAGACCAUGAAAAAUACACCAUCUUAUAAACAAAAUAAGGGUGUGAACUUGGUGAGGGAAUAGUGUGCCAUACCGCACUCCAUAAACCAAGUAUAAUAACUAGACUAAUUGAUAGCUUCCGUCUCACUCACACGAGAAAAAGAAAAACUUAUGCGAGUCUUAUGUAAAGAAAUGAAAAGAGUGAUCAGAUUUUUUGUUUCGUCAUGCGUGCCGGUUUUUUCAAGGUCCGCACACCCGGUGUGCUAAACAAACUUGAUAGCGCUGCACAGAAAACGUCUGAAAUAUCCACUAUUUAUUCAACAUCAGUGACAAUUUUAAGUAGAAACGAAAGAAAUAUGGUGCAAUGUUGUGUCUUACGAUGUAAAAGUGAUAGUGUAAGAACACUUGUGUUAUAUGAGUAUGUAGUACCUAUUGUACCUAUAUAUAUAUAGGACAUUAACUGUCUCAUGUUGGCCACGCCAAACCGAUGUCUAGUUACUAUACUUAGUCUAUGCCGCACUCUCAGUUUUGGCGAAUCUGAAAGAUUUAGUGGCCUUGGGCACUGCCGAUUUCGGAAGAUUAGACAACAAGAUAAGGAACGUGUUAAUUCAUGAUAAAGCUCUUUAAAGUAAGAGCCAUCUGGCGAUGGCUCAUUCGAUUCUUUAAGAUUCGGAAUGACGUCUACAAAAAAAAUAUUUAUAUAUUGUAUUCGGACAUAAGAAACUGCAAUUGUUAUUAACAAAUUAAGGUGUAAAAUAGCAUUUAGAUAUAUUAAUAUAAUAUAAAUAAUAACCGGAGCUUUUCCUCUUUCAUUGUUUUUUCUAGCCACUUUUCUCAUAAUUAAGUAGUCAAUUACAAUUUACUAAAUAUAUAAAGGGGAAUUAGAAGUAGAUUUUUUUCCAUACAAACGUUCUCGACACUUUUCUCAUUGGUUAGAAAAACCAAAAAUUAAAAAAAAAAAUCUCGUGUUUUUUAUUUAUUCCCAAGAUCUUAAAAUAAAAUUUGAGGUAUUCGCUUUACGAGCCCUGAAGAUGCGGUGAAAGCGUACGAAAAUGCAUAGAAGAGACACCUUAGGAAGAAUGGGCCCACUGCUUUUCUCAGUGGUUUCAUCGAAUGCGACGAUGUGUAGAGAGGAACGGAGAUUACUUCAAAAAACAAUAAAAGUAUUGGCAACUUUCUACAUUAA